UUGACGUGACUGUAUAACAUAAAAUAUAAAUUAAACUCAUUUUUAAAAUUGAAGCAGUUUUUCAUUUUGUCCGUUUCAGCCAAAACGAUGUCGUCUUCGGAGUCCCAAGAGCCGCCACCCUCAUCGGAAUCAAUAAGUAAAAAGGCCGCUAAGAAGGAAGCCGCAAAGCAGGAAAAGCUCCGCCGUCGACAAGAAGUAGCCACCGCUACCUCCGCCGCCUCGAAUCUCUCCGUCGACGAUGAUCCCCUCGCCGUCAACUACGGCGACGUCCCUCUCAUAGAGCUCCAAUCGAAGACUCCGGUUGAUGUCAACGACUGGACCAAAGUCGAGGCCCUCGACGAUUCUCUGGCGAACCGGCCGGUCCAAAUUCGAGGGAGGGCGCAAACUAUUCGACCGGUGGGGAAGAAGAUGGCAUUCUUAGUUGUCAGGGAAAAUGGUUUCACCGUACAGUGUUUAGUUCAGGCACAGCCUGAUUCGGUGAGUUCGCAGAUGGUGAAAUUCGCCGCCGCGCUCAGCCGUGAGUCUGUUGUUGAUGUCGAAGGCAUUGUUUCCAUUCCGGCAGCUCCUAUUAAAGGUGCCACACAGCAGGUUGAAAUCCAAGUGAAGAAAUUGUAUUGUGUGAGUAGGGCUGUUCCUACUCUGCCGAUUAAUCUCGAGGAUGCUGCUCGAAGUGAAGUUGAAAUUGAGAAGGCUAUUCAGGCUGGUGAACAACUUGUUCGGGUGAAUCAGGAUACACGUUUGAACUUCAGAGUACUUGACCUGCGAACACCAGCUAAUCAAGGAAUUUUCCGCAUUCAGUCUCAAGUUGGAAAUGCAUUCAGACAAUUUUUAUUAGCUGAAAGCUUUGUUGAAAUCCACACUCCAAAGUUGAUUGCUGGAUCUAGUGAGGGUGGAGCUGCUGUCUUUAGACUGGACUACAAAGGGCAUCCUGCAUGCUUAGCUCAGUCACCUCAGCUUCACAAGCAAAUGUCAAUAUGUGGUGAUUUUGGUCGUGUUUUUGAGAUCGGUCCUGUGUUUAGAGCAGAAGAUUCCUUUACUCACAGGCAUCUGUGCGAGUUUACAGGUCUUGAUGUUGAAAUGGAGAUCAAGAAGCAUUAUUUUGAGGUUAUGGAUAUAGUUGACAAAUUGUUUGUCGCUAUAUUUGACAGUUUGAACCAGAAUUGUAAGAAGGAUCUCGAAGCUGUGCGGAAUCAGUAUCCGUUUGAACCUUUAAAGUAUCUGCGAAAUACUUUGCGGCUUACAUAUGAAGAAGGUAUUCAGAUGCUCAAGGAAGUUGGAGUAGAAAUCGAACCUUUUGGUGACUUGAACACUGAAGCAGAAAGGAAGCUAGGCCAACUAGUUUUAGAAAAGUAUGGAACUGAGUUCUAUAUCCUUCACCGGUACCCAUUGGCUGUAAGGCCAUUUUAUACAAUGCCUUGCUAUGACAAUCCAGAAUACAGUAACUCGUUCGAUGUCUUCAUUCGUGGUGAGGAAAUAAUUUCAGGAGCUCAGCGUGUUCACGUGCCAGAAUUUUUGGAACAGCGUGCUGAGGCUUGCGACAUUGAGGUCAAGACAAUAUCUGCUUACAUUGAUUCUUUCAGAUAUGGUGCACCACCACAUGGUGGCUUUGGAGUAGGCUUGGAGCGUGUAGUAAUGCUCUUCUGUGGCUUGAAUAACAUUCGCAAAACAUCACUUUAUCCACGUGACCCACUCAGAAUCGCCCCAUGAUAAUAUUAUUUGCGUGUUUGUUUGUGCUUUGAAAAUACUGUGGCUUUGCAUUUCAUUGAAGUUUGAAGGCAUAGCUUCACGCCAAUCAUGCAGCAAAAAUAUUGUUUCCAAGCACACUCCAUCACAACAAUGGCGUGGAUAUUGAGUCUUUUAUAUUUUCACCGGCUAUCUUGGAGUUGAUAUUAAGCACUUUGUUCAAAAUAUUUAUGAUGCUUGACUUGAUGUAGUCGUCGCCUGUCACUGCAUAUUGAAUUGCUCUCUUUUGUUUACUGUACCCACUUUAAAAAGGUCCAUCUUUUGUCUAAUCAGUAUCCAAGUGAUAAAUUUGAUCCCUUUCGGCUUUAUAUCUAGAGCUAGAGUGAUUUCUUAAUGAAGUUUUGUAUGAAUGCUUUCACAGAUCAUUAUUUGAAGCUGAUAGGUUGUUUUGACUUA